AUGUCGCCUUUCCGCUCACCAGUCUUCCACAAGGCACUUUACUACAUCCAGACAAAUCACUUAAAAGCAUGGUCCAUCAAAAACCAAGAGAUUAAGGCUCAAAAAGCCGAACAGGAUUAUUUGGGCCUAGGUGCCACGAGGUUGACCACCUUGCCCAACUCCCUGUUCAUCGAGGAAUCGAAAGUUGACGACGAGGGCUUCGAGCAAGACUUGGAUCGAGAUGAGGACUUUGCCGACACCCCUGCCAUUCCUUUUGCUCUGCAGCCAGGUGAUUUGAUCUUCUGUCGCUCGAGCACCGCUGGCACUCGUGAGCAGUUUGCCGUUUAUCUUGGUCAGGAAGGCCUUCAAUUCCAAUACUUUCUAUCGGACGGAAGAUGGCUUGUUGACCGCACCAUUGAUCACGACAGCCCCGUUGUGAGAGGCUUCGCCAGCCCAGACGAGGUCCAGGCGAUCCGAACACAUCUACCCAAGCAGGAAAUCGUCAAAAGGUCCUCGGUCAUUUCUUACGACCUUUUGAGAUCAUGGGCCGGUGAGGUUCCCCGUUCCGCCUCGGAUCCUCUGCUACGUCGUCUUGCACUCUUGAUCGACGAAAUCUCCUCCUUUCGCCGCGAGAAUCUUGCCCUCCUCGAUUCCGUUAUCGACAAAGUUUCUCAUGAUGUGUAUUACCAAACCCUCGAUUGGGACCAAGUUGUUCACAAGGUCAUGGCCUGCGAGCCAUCUAACCUGUCUCCUGCCACCUGCAUGGCCGUUUACUUCGCCCUGAAGAAGAAGCCAACCAGAGUCCAAAUCGUAAGAGAUCCCAAAGCCGGCAUAUUGCGUUUCAUCAUCGUGUCAAAGCGCUCCGCCAGCCGAUUCGACACUGUCGUUGACUGGGGGAGGGAUUAUCAGGAAGCCGCUGCACACUCGGCCCUGGGAAAGAAUGUUAAGAUCUCCCUUGAGAAAAACCCCUUGACCUCUUUCGUCGAUAAAGCUCGACGCAUCAUUCUGAAAAGCCGGGAAAUCAGAUCUCCCACUACCACUGGCCACCUAGGCCCUACUCUGUCACAUUCCACUGACGGCCAAGUAUCCACUCGGGAAACUGGCGAGACCCUGUCCGAUGACGACCAAAUGAUUACUGAGUUUCUUUGGGACACUUGCAUACGCUCACCUACCCAUAACAGAACCAGAACAAUCUAUAACUCCAUCACUUCAUUGAUCAUUCGAGCUAUAGGAGCAUAUCCCAAACUUCGUCUCGAACGGAAGAUUGGCAGACUUCUGUUGCAAGAGCUUGGUGUCCUCUCUCCCUGGUCAGAUGAAUUCGACCACGAUCUCUUAUAUCCUACCCCCAGCACAAAGGGGAGCCAUGAACUCGAUAGUCUCCAAGCAGAGGCUAGGGCAGCCUGUGACGAGCUGUGGCUCCACGAUCCGGGGUAUCUGCCAGAGCUUGAUUCUAUGGCAUCUCUGCGGCACGACUUUGAUCUGCCUGCCCUCUGUGUCGACAGCGAUUACACCAAGGUUAGGGAUGACGCAUACUCCCUAGAGCCUAACCCUUCUAUUCCUGGCACCCAUUGGGUCCAUGUACACGUCUCUCAUCCUUCUGCGUUCAUCAAACCAGAUCAUCCUGCUUCCCAAUUUGCGGCCAAGACGAUUCAAACUUGGUACACCGUAUAUUCAGCCUUGCCCAUGUUGCCAUUUAGUCUAUCCAAGGCCAUGAGUUUGGAUACUGGCCGUCCAGCUUUGACUGUGAGCACUCUUCUCAAGGAGGAUGGUAAAGUCUUGGAUAUCAAGUUGCAACCUACAAUCCUGAAGGAUGUCGUGAUUUUGAACGCUGAGGCUGUCGACGCCACGCUAGGAACCCCACAACCGGAAUAUGCAACGAUGCUGCUUGGUACGCCCACUGAUGGCAGUAUCACACAGGUUACAGACAAACCAAGUCAGGCCGCUCUGGAUGCCGUACAUGUCCACCGUGCCACACUACAAAACCUUAAGACCCUCAUGUUCAGUCGCGUCAACUACAGGAUGAGACAAGCCUCUGAAUGGCCUGACUGGCCGCAUGUAGAGCAUGACACUGAUGUCAGGUCGACGAUAUCGCACAACCAGGGACCAGACCAGCUGUCCCAGACUCGACACUUCCUUGGGGAUCCUCCUAUUUAUUGCUUCGCAUCCCCUACCAUGAAGUGGAUUACCAUGACUGAGCGUCAAGAGAAGGAAAGUGUAACGCAAAACUUGAUGAUUCUUGCCGCGGAAUCUGCUGGCAAGUGGUUUGCAGACCGUAACAUCCCAGCGAUUUUCAAUUGUGCAACCCCACACACCGACUUUCCUGUAUCCAAGCUUAAUCGACUCGGCUUAGAGACAAGGCGUGUUCUUCCCGUUAGCUACCUCUCGUCCACACCUCAAAAUCACGUGUUCACAGGCAUCAACCAGUUCCUACGCUUUACCAGUCCUCUCCGUCGCUACCAGGAUCUCUUGGCUCACUGGCAGGCAGACGCAUAUUUACGAGCGGAAUCAGAUGCAUCCUCGAACUCCGGAGCCACGAUCACGAAGUAUGAGCCCCCAUUUUCAAGAGCCCAAGUGGACCAAAAAGUCGCAGGACUAGCGGGUUACGUGUAUGGAAUGACGAGAAAAAUGAACCACCAGCAGAUUCAUUUGCGCUUGAGAGCAUUGUUUCGAGCAUUCCAUUUCAAGGAGGCGCAAUUGCCUGAAAAAUGGGAUUUCCUCGUACGCAACGUGUCCACUCGCGGCAAAGAAGUAGAAGAAGAUUCCCAGCUACGGGGGAGCCUUCUUCCCUUCGCUUUCGAUGCCAUCAUUCUCGAGUCUAGGAAUAAAUGGGAAGUUGGCGCGACUAUAAAUUCUUACCUCCCGGUAAAGAUUGAGCUGGUGGACAUGAGCCGGGGAAAAGUUAUAUGUCGAGCUGUCGGUCCUCUGCAGGAGAAACCUCACUUUCCAACACCCAUGAAGAUUGUUUCACACCCUGUUGGCAGGGAGCAAACUACUGAAAAGUAA